AUGAACGAUAGAAGGCAAUCACGAGUUGAUCAUAUAAAAUUGCGAGAAGGAACUAGAGGAAAACCCUUACAACCUAACAUCAAAACAGAUCGUUUGGAAAAUAGAGAAAAUUAUGUCAAACGUUGGACUAUUCCAUUUACAUUAGAGGACUCAAAUAAAUUCCUAUCAUGCUUUUUAGCAAUGAGUGUGUUUGCAUUGCCAACAUUGCACGACUAUUGGGAAAAUCCAACGUUGAAUAAUUUAGGGCUUGGAUUGUUCUUUCAAAAUAGAUUACCUAAACAUAAAUUUUUGGAAAUGUAUCGAUGUAUUGACAUUGAUGUCGAUGAUUGGUUGGAUUCCAUUAAAGAGAAAGCUCAAAGUAUUUGGGAUGUAUCAACAAACGUUUAA